AUGGGGAAUGUCCCCGUGGAGAACCAAAAACACGAGAUUUCAGAACGUCAUGGUCUCGGUGAUCUUUCUUGGACAAACAAAAAGACCUCAAGCUGGAGCAAGGAUCCAAGUGCCGUAUAUCCCGGCAAUUAUGGAGAGACAACACUAGAUGCGAUUGCCAAGGGAUAUCGGGUAGAAAGCCCCAUCUUGAUUCGCGCGCCAUUGGACCCUCUCUUUGCUUGCUUGUCUCAAAACUUUGCUCUCCUUCAAGUUCCGAAUUUCGGCAUAGUCUAUAAACAAGACGCAGAAGCAGAAGCAGUAGCAGCCAUGGAAUCUUUUAUUAUCAAGACCCCCUGCUCAAGCGCAAACAUUGGCCCCGGCUUCGAUGUCAUCGGUCUGGCCUUGUCCGUCUACCUCGAGCUUCACGUCACCAUCGACCGGUCAAAGACAAAGUCCGAGCACCCGCUCAACUGCAAAAUCACAUACGAGGGUGAGGGAGAGGAUGAGAUAAGCCUUGACCCCCAGGUCAACCUUCUGACCCGUGUUGCUCUCUACGUCUUGCGUUGCAAUGACCAGCGAGCUUUCCCCGUUGAGACGCAUAUUCACAUCAAGAAUCCCAUUCCUCUAGGUCGUGGUCUGGGUAGCUCUGGUGCUGCUGUCGUUGCUGGUGUUGCUCUUGGCAAGGAAGUUGGAGGUCUAAAGCACCUCGAUAAUGACCGUCUAUUCGACUACUGUCUCAUGAUUGAGAGACAUCCUGACAAUGUCGGAGCUGCCCUCUACGGAGGCUUCGUCGGAACCUACCUCAAGCCCUUGACCCCCGAAGACGUUGCCCGUACAGAGAUUCCUCUCAGUGAGGUUCUUCCUGCGCCAGCUGGAGGAGAGGAUACUGGAAAGAAGCCCCCAGCUCCUCCUCAUGGAAUUGGUCACCAUAUCAAGUUCCCCUGGGCCAAGGAGAUCAAGGCUGUUGCUAUCAUCCCUGAUUUCCAGGUUGCUACACAUGCUGCGCGAGGAGUUCUACCUGCGAACUACACUCGCCCCGAUGUGGUCUUCAACUUACAGCGAAUCGCUCUUCUGCCCGUCGCCCUCGGCCAGUCCCCUCCCGACCCUGAGCUCAUCCACCUUGCCAUGCAAGACAAGAUCCACCAACCCUACCGCCAGACUCUGAUCCCCGGCCUCACCGAGAUCGUCGAGACCAUGUCCCCCAAGACCGACGAAGGCUUCCUCGGUGUGUGCCUUUCCGGUGCCGGUCCUACCAUCCUUGCCCUAGCUACACAUAAUUUCGAGGCCAUCGCCGACAAGAUCAUUGCUAAGCUCCGAGAACACAACGAGAAGAAGGAUCUUUCUUGCCAAUGGAAGGUGCUGGAGCCUGCUGAGGGCACCCAUGUCGUUCGAUCAUAA